CUCCUCGUCCUGCCCCUGCAGCGUUUCGUCGAUCUUGGUCGCAGCGCCUGCCCCCCCCUCCCCCCUCCACAACCUCUGUUCCUCUCCCUCCUCGUUGCAGGCAUACCUUGUUCUGUCCGUGAUCUGACGGGGAACUGUGCGUCUAGCUCGUGUCGGUCUCAUUGAGCCACAAUCACAAGAAUUGCCAAUACCCUCGAUAUCCUCGGAGGUGUUCUGCUUCGUUUGAUUGUGCUGUAGUGGCUAAGAGGCAUCUGUGGAUAAGAGAAAAAUCCUAUCCUCCUGAGGGGCCAGAGCGAAUCGCAGUUCGGAUUGAUUCAAAGGUCUGAGCGAGAAAAGUGCACUCCUAAAAUGUCUUUGGAAGAGAGUAUUGCGAAGCAGAUUGGUGAUACAAAACCAUUAGACGUUGAGAGGCUGUGUCUCGAUCAAGCAAAAUGUGGCGAUAACCUCGCUGCAUUGUCUCCCUACAAAAACUUGGUUUCAUUAUCCCUGCAAGACUGUGGAAUCACUUCGUUGGAAACCUUGCCAGAACUUAGCCUUUUGACUACUCUGAAAUUGGGCGAUAAUAGAAUCAAAGGAGGUUUGGAGUUCAUCACUAAAUCUCCCGAACUAGAGAAGCUCUAUCUUGCAGGAAACAUGAUACCUGAUAUUGAGGCGUUGAAGCCUUUGUCCAAGCUGACUAAACUGGAAUGGCUUGACCUGGAAGGAAAUCCUGCCAAGGAGGAAGAUGGCUAUUCAGCUAAGCUGUUUGAUUUGAUUCCGUCGUUGGUGGUCCUAGAUGGAAAGGACAAGGGUGGAGAAGAACUUGAUGAAGCAGAUGAUGAUGACGAGGAGGAGGAAGAGGAAGAAGAGGGAGAA